ACCUUAUAACUUUCUAUAUCUUUUUAUAACCCCAUACAAAUUCCAUAAUUUGAUCAUCUCCACAUAUAUAUACCAUCAUGGAUGAAACCCCGACUACAAAAUGGGCUCGGACUCAGUGGAGAAUGCGUAUGGAGUCUGCUUUGAGAACCUCAGCCGCAUGCGCCAUAGUGGGUUGUGCCACUAUGUACGGGCCUGAACCCAUAAGAGCCCAACUAGCUUUUCCUGCAUUCUCCUACUUGACAACAAUAUUGAUCGUGCGUGAUGCCACUUUAGGCGAUGCUCUGAGGGGAUGCUGGCAUGUUAUACUGGCUACCAUUUAUGUGAUUCCGGCUUGUGUUUUAGGGUUGUGGGUACUUGGGCGGGGUUGGUGUUCUAUUUGGCCGGUGGCGGCCUUGGUGGUGGCUGUGGGUGGUUUUCUGGUGGCUUUGUCGGGGAAGAAUACAUCUUUGAUGACUAAGAGGAUUGGUUUUGGUCAAGUUGUGAUUGUUGUAGUUGGGGUUAUUGUUCUUGGGGAGAGAGAUGGGGUGCUGGAACAUCCUUUACAUGUGGCGGCAAGCACUGCUCUUGGGGGUUUAGCUUCGGUCUUGGCAAUGCUUUUGCCAUAUCCACGUUUAGCUUAUUCCGAGGUUAGGAAACUAUUGAGGCUUUAUGGGGAGAACACAAAAGAGAGAACGGUCAUCUUUUUGAGAGCCUUCUUAGCUCCAAAUGCUUCAACUGCAGCACAAUACAUUUCUCUAUCUCCUCCUUUUGCUGAAACAGGGGCGAAGCUUCUUCACAACAUAAAAAACUUGCAGGGAGGUUUGUUAUGGGAGAAACCAUGGAUUAAAAAACACUCCAAAUCAUUAGAAGACAGAUUACAAGACAUUGAGCUUCCAAUCAGAGGCUUAGAAAUUGCUCUGUCUUCUGGUUUCUUCCCUCUUGAUCAUCAAGAACUUGCUGAAUCUUUGCCAAGAAUUGAAAUCCAAAUCAAUCUUAAACUUGACCAAACUCUAUCAUUCAAUGCAUCACCAACAACAACUGUCCCAGAAUUACAAGAAGAUUUCCUUAACAAGUCCCUCAACUGUCUUAAGCCUAAUGAUCUCACCCCUAAAAAUUUACCUUCUUUAUUCUUCCUGUUUUGCCUCACACUCCUCCUCCAACCCUCAAUUAUCACUAGAAAACCAAAAAUUCGAAAACCCGACAAUUUUUGGCCAUGUUUGUCUUGUCCGAGUAAAGAAACGUUGUUGUUUGCUGUCAAGUGUUCGAUGUCAUUGGGACUGGCGGUUCUGUUUGGAUUGACGUUCGAUAAGGAAAACGCGUUUUGGGCGGGUCUGACCAUCGCGAUUAGCUUUUCCAACGAAAGACAAGCGAAUUUCACAGUUGCGAAUGCCCGUGCACAAGGUACCGCCAUGGGAUCGGUUUACGGUGUACUAGGAUGUUUCUUCUUUCAUAGAUUUACUCAAGUGAAGUUCUUGGCUCUACUUCCAUGGAUUGUUUUCACAUGUUUUCUUAGGAACAGCCGUAUGUAUGGUCAACCGGGAGCCAUUUCAUCAGUUAUCGGAGCUUUGUUAAUCCUCGGAAGGAAGAAUUAUGGAAACCCUAAAGAAUUCGCUAUCGAGAGGUUAACGGAGGCUUUCAUCGGCCUGUUUUGUCUAGUAUUGGUUGAGAACUUAUUGCAGCCGGCCAGAGCUGUCAGUUUGACCAAAUUCGAACUUUCCAAUAGCUUGAGAGCGCUAAAUGAAUGCAUAGAAGAGAUCGUGGAUUCAAAUUUGAGCGAUGAAAAGCAAGAAAUAUUGAAAACCCAUAUCAAAAACCUGGAGAAAUUUUGUGGGGAAGCAGAGUUAGAACCUAAUUUCUGGUUUUCCCCAUUUAAAGGAAAAUGCUUUUGGAAACUUCACAAGUCUUUGUCAAAGAUGUCUGAUGUUUUGCACUUUAUGGGUUUUGAAUUGGAACUAGAUGAUGAUCAGGAGGAGCUUGAUCAUCUCCAACAAUAUAUAAAGAUCUAUUUAGAGCGGUUCAAGGACAACAUAGCCAUCUCGUUGAAACGACUGGAGAGCAUCACGUCGAUUAAGUCCUCGGCAGUUCAUGAAGAAGAGUCGAAACAGAAGGGAACUGAUCAUGAUCUUGAAGCGGGAAGAUCAAACAGUGGCGGCGAUGGCCUUUUUCUGCAACAGAUGAAGGAAGUUACGGAUAAAAUGCAAAAUGGUCAGAAGAAAGGGAAUGUAAAUGGGGGAAAGAUGAUUCUCCGUUUGGGGGCUAUGGUAUUCUGUGUUAAUCUUCUGAUGAGAGAAAUGGAAGAAAUUGAGAGAGCGGUUAUAGAGCUUGUUCAAUGGGAGAAUCCUUCAGGCCUCCAAGACUUACAUUGUAAUAAGAUUAUUAUAGAUGAACCCUCUACAAAGUAAAUAAAUAUGAUGAUU